AGAUAAUUGAAAGAAUAGCAGUUCUUGAAACGAAGCAAAACACUCUUGAAGAGACGAUAUCAAGACAGCAACAUGAGAUCGACGAUUUGACGGAGAAGCAAUGGGGAUCUUGGUCGGAGUGGAGCGCAUGCGUAUUCAGGUGUACCGGAAGUGACGUAAAUAAUGGGCGAACUCAAACCAGAACGAGACUUCUAAUUAAAGAUAAUAUCGUCAUUCGAAAUGAAACUGAGCGACGCCCGUGUAAUGCUGUGCAAUAUGCAGGCUGUGAGCGGUCCGAAUGACCAGUACGGUGUGUCCUAUGACUACCGUGACCAGAUGGCACAGGCAACAUGUACUGCACUACUAGAUACCAAAAAUGGGCAUGUGUACGCUGUGAGACGUGCAUGCUCCAACCAGACUGUGCCGUGUGCAGAAGUCUGCUCAAGUCUAGGCAAGACUUGUUUCAACUCUCUUCGAGUGUACAAUCCCCUAACUUCACUACCAUGGGGCGAUACGGGAAAGUUAAGUGCACGCAUGGUCCGGUACAACGGCUGCGGGGGAUCGUUCUGUGGACCAAACUUCUGCUGCUGCCGCUCGUAACCGAAACCAAGCGCAUUUAACCUGCUAAUAUAGUAGAAAAACACAUUGAAAUAUAGCACUAUUAUUCGUACGUCACCAUGUGUCACUUUGUACAUGUAUAUAAAUAGACCUUCAACAUGUGUCAGACGUAUUGGAACAACUAUCAAGAUACAAGCUACUGUCGUACUUUAAUCACGUGUCAUGUUAAUAAAGUGUGUUUAUUGGUUCCACACGGCAGCUUGUUAAUUCACAUUUUAACUAAGUUCAUUGAUGAAUAACAUUAAAAAUGUCAUUUCAAGUAAACGUUCUGGAAGCCGUUGCAUCUGUUUAUUUAAUGAUGUGCGCAUAUUCAAGGGCAUUCACCGUAAUUAAUGACACAGCAUCCUGUAAUUUAUCCAUGGAAAUGUAUUUUCGAGAAACUAGAUCAGAACAUUCACCUUUUGUUUGGUGCAUAAAGUGUGUGAGUACCACGUGAUAAAUUGCGUCAAAAAUGCUACGUCGGAAAGCAAUAUAUAGAUUUGAAAAAAGACUUUAAACAAAGAUAUUUUCACUAUUUUUUUACCAAUUCAAAUGAAACAUAGCGCAGUCUAUGCAGCUUACGGAGUCCUGCCAUCGGUAUUUUAUCAAGUGGUCUACUCACACUGUAAUCGCUUUGAGCAGGUUGAGUGCGCGCACACCAAAGGUUGGUGUCUAUGUGUCAUUCUAAUUAUAUUCAAUCACUACAAUAGACAAUACAAUUCAAUUGCAUUACGUCCCUUUAAUCAUAAACUCUACUGCAUGCAUGUAUUGAUCGUUACAAACUGUUUACAUGUGUACACUUUAAUACAACUUGUUAAUCGGACUUCGCAGAGUAAAUAAGUAAUCAAAA